AUGUCGCAUGCGUACUCUGUCGGUGUAAAAAUGUGGCAGUGAAGUUUAGCAAGUGAACUAUCUUUUGUUGUUGUUAUACAGUUAUGCAUAGGCCAAUGUUAUGCACAUUCGCUUUAUUGGUAUGAAAAAGAGCUAGGUUGUGAGACACCGUCCUUAUCUAAGUCGUUAUUAAACCAGUCGUAGAAUUUAGGUCUGCCCAGCUAGUAAGCUAACUAGCCAAAUACUCCACGAAUGUAUAUGCAACCUGGAACUGAAAUUUUCCUGUCCUUUUAAUUUUUGAUUACACGGAGAUGCCAGAAAUAAAAGUAACUCCUCUUGGAGCUGGUCAGGAUGUUGGUCGCAGUUGCAUCCUUGUCUCCAUCGGAGGCAAAAACAUUAUGCUUGAUUGUGGGAUGCACAUGGGCUACAACGAUGACAGACGCUUUCCAGACUUCUCCUACAUCACACAAAAUGGGCGUUUGACGGAGUUCUUGGAUUGUGUCAUCAUUAGCCACUUCCACCUUGAUCACUGUGGGGCUUUGCCCUACAUGAGUGAGAUGGUGGGUUAUGAUGGUCCAAUUUACAUGACCCACCCUACCAAGGCCAUCUGUCCCAUCUUGCUGGAGGACUUCAGGAAGAUCACAGUGGACAAGAGGGGGGAGACAAACUUCUUCACCUCUCAGAUGAUCAAGGAUUGCAUGAAGAAAGUUGUUCCAAUUAAUCUCCAUCAGACUGUACAGGUGGACGAUGAGCUGGAAAUCAAGGCGUACUAUGCGGGUCACGUGCUGGGUGCAGCCAUGGUCCAGAUCAAAGUGGGGGCCGAGUCAGUGGUGUACACGGGUGAUUAUAAUAUGACACCUGACAGACAUUUGGGUGCUGCUUGGAUUGACAAGUGUCGUCCAGAUAUUUUGAUCUCAGAGUCCACGUAUGCCACCACCAUUCGUGACUCGAAGCGCUGCCGAGAACGAGACUUCCUUAAGAAAGUUCACGAGACAGUUGAGAGGGGAGGAAAGGUCCUUAUCCCAGUGUUUGCUCUUGGUAGAGCUCAGGAACUUUGCAUUCUUUUGGAAACAUUUUGGGAGAGGAUGAAUCUAAAGGCGCCCAUCUACUUCUCAACCGGCCUAACGGAGAAGGCAAACCACUACUACAAACUCUUCAUCACGUGGACUAAUCAGAAGAUUCGCAAAACCUUUGUGCAAAGAAACAUGUUUGAGUUCAAACAUAUAAAGCCUUUUGAUCGCGCCUACGCAGACAACCCUGGACCAAUGGUGGUGUUUGCAACUCCGGGAAUGUUGCACGCCGGCCAGUCUCUACAGAUUUUCAAAAAGUGGGCUGGCAAUGAAAAGAACAUGGUCAUCAUGCCUGGUUACUGUGUGCAAGGAACUGUGGGCCACAAGAUCCUGAAUGGGCAGAAGAAGCUUGAGAUGGAGGGCAGGGCCACGCUGGAUGUGAAGCUGCAGGUGGAGUACAUGUCGUUCAGUGCCCAUGCGGACGCCAAGGGCAUCAUGCAGCUGAUCCGCAUGGCUGAGCCCCGCAACAUGCUGCUGGUGCACGGGGAGGCCAAGAAGAUGGAGUUCCUCAAGGACAAGAUCGAACAGGAGUUCAGCAUUAGCUGCUUCAUGCCAGCCAAUGGGGAGACGGCGACUGUGGAGACCAACCCCAGUGUUCCAGUGGACAUCUCACUCAACCUGCUCAAGAGGGAAAUGGCGCUCGGAGGACCUUUGCCAGAUCCCAAGAAACCUCGCACGAUGCAGGGAACCCUAAUCAUGAAAGAUAAUAGCUUGAGGCUGGUGUCUUCAGAUCAGGCGCUCAAGGAGCUGGGCCUGAGUGAGCACCAGUUGCGCUUCACCUGUCGAGUUCAGCUGCAGGAUCCCCACAGCGAUGCAGACACACUCACGCGCAUCUACACACACCUCAAGAGCGUGCUCAAGGGCUACACCAUUCAGCACCUGCCGGACGGCACAGUCAUGGUGGAGUCCAUCGUCAUCAAAGUGUCCUCUACCGCAGAGGAGCCCAACGUCAAGGUCGUCCUGCUCUCCUGGAGCUACCAGGAUGAAGAACUGGGUAGUUAUCUUUCGACACUCCUGAAGAAGGGACUCCCUGCUGGAUUGUGAUGACGUUUCUCGACUAAUUUUACCCGUUUUGUAGACUUGUUUCGUAGAAUUGGCAGAGUAAAUAAUUUUGUACU